UCGUUUGCUCUUAGUUUGCAGCAUUUGCCGUUUGAUAGUCGGCUUGUUGUGUGUAAAAUAAUAAUUGAGAUUUUGAAUAAGCUCCUUACUACAAAGAACAUACUGGAAUAUUGGGAUUUUCAAAUCUCAAAAAUGCCUACUUAUGAACUGACAGUUCUCCUCCGUACGAUGACGAGGCCUGAGAUUACGUCCACCCUGAAACGUACAGCAGAUUCGAUAUUUUCAUCAGGAGGAGUAAUCCGGAAGAUUGAUAGUCUGGGUCUUCUAAAAACACCAUACAAGAUUAGUUCUCACGGAGCUGUACACCGGGAGGCUAACUAUUUUCUGAUUUAUUUUGAUGCAUCGCCAUCUUCAAUUCUCAAUUUGGGUGAAGGAUUUAGUAGAGAUAUAGACAUAGUGAGGCAGAGGAUAUACAAACAGAUCACUGAAGAUCCAAAGCCUUGUACAUUAAGCGAAGAAGUAAAGCCACCAGCUUAUAGACUCGAAGUGCAAAAAAUGAUGGAGAUUGCAAAGGCGCAACAAAAAAAGAAGUUCGAGUACAAUACCGGCUUGGAUUAUUAUCCCUUCCAAAGGUAAAAACAAAUAGUUCAAUAACUGAGAAUAGCUGUCGUUUGCUGGUCGCUCACUUAGUUACAGCAGCACACCACAUCUGUUCCAUUCUGUACAUAUAAGAUUGUAGAAUAUAAUCAUCAGCCCAAAAAAAUAAAGAAAAAAAACAAGGA